CGAAUAAGUACGCCUGGCGUCACUCACCGCCUCGAUCAAACGGUUGACAACGACCAAGACCUCGAGAAAUUACAAAGAAAAAGAUGGAGAGAGAAAGAGAGAGUAACAGGCAACAACCCAUAAUAUACAUGCCAGAGUCCAUUGAUCGAGAAAAGAGAGUUGAAACAUAUUCUGAGUUGAAGAUUUCCGUCAACGGAAAAAUGGAGAAGGAGAAGAAGAGGAAGAGGGUUACGGAGGUUGGAGAGGUAGACGGCGGCAGUGGGCGGAUGAAGAAGGAGAAAGUAGAGAGAGAGAAGGCGAAGGCAGCACCGUCGGAGGAGGAGGUGGAUGAGUUCUUUGAGAUUCUACGGAGGAUGCAGGUGGCAGUCAAGUACUUCGAGAAGAGUAGUGACGGUGACGGUAACGCUAACGCUAACGAUAAAGCUAACGGAGACGGUCGGAGGUUGACGGAUUUGCUAGGGACGGAAGUCGACGACGUGACAGCUAACGAGAAGGGCCUUAACCAGAGGUUAGUUAAGGGCGUUUUGGACCUGAACGCCGUGCCGGCCGAGAGCAACAGCUUUUAAGGUAAGCUUGUUUAUAAUGCGCAUAAGGUGCACGUUAGAGAUGGAUCAUGUACAGUAUUCGUUUGCAUUUAUUAGAGUAUUCUAACGUAAGCCGAGAGGAAUAAUCUAUGUUUUCUUUUUCUUUUUUCAUAUGAAGUGAUAGUUUCUUUGUAAUGGGAAUGCUUUUACCUUGGUGAAAAUUAAGGAUGUAAUUUUAUGUUAUUUUCAACUAUUAAUGCACAAGAUUGAUAUGAUUAAAUAGCUAUGGAUUAAUAUUUUAUUUCAAGUUCGAAUAUUUUUAUUUUGUU